AUGGUCCAGAACUUCAGUUACUUAUCAAGGCACAAAGCCUACGUGCUGGCUUUGUAUCGCUACACUUUAAGAGCCACUGCCAGUAGAUGUAGCUCUGUUCACCUGCGAUGUCGAAUAAGGAACACACUCAGGGAUAUAAUGUCCAAGCAUAAACAUGAUAAAUCGAGUUGGACCGUCUUUCGGCUUUUAGAGAAGAUGGGUAAGCUGAACAAAUGUUUAAAGCAAGGCGACGUUCAACAGGUAUGGUCCAUGCUAACGGCCAUGGGUAAGAAGAAGAAGCCUCAUAGCAAGAAACCAGUAACUCAUGCGCUGAGGGAGUUCUCGCAGUCAGCACCGGGUACUGAGAGUCUAAGCUUAGUUGAACAAAGAGAAUCACACAUGUUGGCCCAGUACAUUAGCCGCAACCAACAACACGGCAGACUGCCACGUCAUAUACCGCAUGAAUACCAAAUGAAACUUUUACUGCCGUUAGCUACACAUGAGAAGGACGUCGAGAAGCUUCGUAUGAUCGAGGCUCAGCUCUCUAAGGGGCCUCCAAAGUGCUUCUUGACGUCUACAGCAGCAGGCUCAGGUAAAAUUUGGUUUGUAAGAUCAGCCGUUAACAAAGGCAAGAGACAGUCCAGAAAUCUGGGCAUAUUUCUGCGUCGUGAGAAGAAACUAGCCCAGAAGAGAUUAAAUUACUGGGAAAGCUGUAAGAAUAAUGCUAAUUGGGCGUUGCAUGAAGCCAUAUGGGAGCAAUGUCUCGAGGACGGAACCAUCCUGCAUUUCGCACCCGAAAAGUACUUGCGUUCGCUCAAUUUAUCUUUGGAUGACGAUGAGAACCCUGUGCCGCUCUGGAAGGAUCGAGAGUGUCCAGCAAAGGUCGUCGAAUGGCUGCAGCCUAUCAAGGACGCGAUGGACUCUCUAGCGAGGAUCAAUCUGGACAGAAAAGAGUCGUUUAAGAAACAUCGAGACGAUGUUCUACUAACCGGUGGCCAGUUUGAAUUUUACAAGAAUCAAGGUAAUAAGCUGCAUGCGAGAAGAGUCAAGCGGUUUGAGCAUUUAGUUCAGGAUGAGCUUCCUUACGUUGUACCAUAUAUAUCUGGCCGCGACCUUCGCAGUCUGCUCUCCAAAUACCGUCUUUGA